CAACUUGACCAUAGCCACGAUACUUCCUCGCUGGAAACGAUGGAGGACGCCGGAAAAGUUCCGGAAUCUGGAAAUUUGAGGGGAAAAAUUGUCUCUGUCGCCGCCGGGGAAUCUCACACUCUCGUGCUCACAGGCGAUGGCCGUGUGUAUUCAUGGGGAAGAGGAACAUUUGGGCGCCUUGGGACUGGUUCAGAAGCUGACGAGCUUUUUCCAGUUCCAAUUAAGUUUGAUUCAGCUGAAAAGUCAGAUUCAAAGAGGGUCAAGUUUGUGGGAAUUGCUGCUGGUGCUUACCAUAGUGUGGCUCUUGCAGAUGAUGGAACAGUUUGGUGCUGGGGUUACAAUAGCUAUGGCCAACUUGGUUUUAGUGAUGACAAUUCUUUAGUCCCCCACUUGUUAGAGCUGUUCCUUGAGUUGGGCUUUCCUGGUUCUCUGACAGAUGAGUCAGAUACGAAGAAUAAAACACCAUUGAAGGUUAAUUCUGUCAAAGCUGGUGGAAUGAUGUCACUGGCAAUUGAUAAUCUUGGGGGCCUCUGGAUGUGGGGCAAUGUCCCUGAAAGCAGUCCCGAUAAAGGGGAAUUCUCUCUUGUUAGCAGUUUCACUCCAAUUCCUGUCUGGGACUUUCAUGGCCACACUGUUGUGAAGGUGGCAUGUGGAAAUGAGCAUGUUGUAGCCCUAGUUAGUCAUGGGGAAACACAUAAAGGUGGGGAUCUCAUUUGCUACUCUUGGGGUAACAACGGCCAUGGCCAGUUAGGUCUUGGAGAUACAGAGAACAGGUUACGUCCUGAAGUGGUAAAAACUUUCAACCACGAAUCCUUAUGGGAAGUUUAUGAGGUAGCAUGUGGAGCCUUCCACACAGCCCUGCUCACUCACAAAAAGAGACCAAGUGACACAUUAGAAAGUAUGUGCUGGACAUUUGGUCUAGGGGAUAAUGGGCAACUUGGGCAUGGAACCACAAAAGGUAUUUUGUUGCCCGAGCCUGUAAAAGACUUGCCAGAGCAUAGAUUCCUGGUUUCUGUUGACUGUGGCUUAUUUCACACUAGUGUAGUUUCGUCGGCCGGAGAGGUGUGGUCAUGGGGGAUGGAAAAGGGCCUUGGCUUAUGCCCAGAUGCUAGUUUCACUGGAACAGAUCCUGGGGAUGCUCCUUCUCCACUUUUGUAUGGAUCAAAAUUUCGGGAUCCAGUUCAAGUUGCAUGUGGAGCUGCCCAUACUGUUCUUGUUGCAGAUGAUGGAUAUAAGCUUUGGUCUUGGGGCAGGGGAAGGAGUGGGGUUCUGGGAAAUGGUAAGACAGUGGAUUGUUUUGCUCCUAGUACUGUAUUAUGGCCCCCACUUACUGAGGAUUUCAAGGAGUUGGAAUCGGGGACUACAAGUGGGGAGAAAAAGAUUGAGAACAAGGAUCCUGAAGAAGUCACCGAGAUGGAGAAAAAAUUGUCUUUGGCAACAGAGGAAAUGAAACUCCUUCACUCAAAACUGUCUACAAUGGAAAGAUAUGCAAGCAUACUUCAUGGCUCAAUUUUUGGAAAACCUUUUGAAGAACAGGAUAUUCCAAUCUCAUUGCAGAAUUCAGGCUUUUUUGACAUUGCAAAGGAAUGGGAGAACAUGUUGGAGUCAGCUGAUCGUGGUAAGCUUGUGAUGUUAGAAAAGUUUUACCGAAACAUGCUUGCUGGUGUUAAAGAUAAGCUAAUGAAGAGAAGGAUCCAGGAGAUUAUCAAGGAAUGUCUUCCUCCUCCAGGAACAGGAAACUAGUCUUACAGAAAAGGUCACAGGAAUGAAUGCAGCAGUCUGAGAUAGAGAAAAGCUUGGUUUGAUGCGCUUACUAUGCUACUAAGUUGGAGGGAUAUGUAAGGAUUUUGCUUUGUAAGUAUUCAUGAGACUGCAUUAUUUACACUAGAUUGAUGUGAUGUAUGUUGUGUGUAGAAGAAUAAAAGAGGCAUUUAGCCCAAAGAUUGAUUGGGCUGCCUCCUGACAAUUUGGGGUUGAUCUCUGGAGAAAAUAAUAAUCAUAUGUGUUUGUGGCUGUA